UUUGUUGUUGGUGAUGACAUGAAAACAUUGUUGUUGCUGUAAAGCGAGGGGAGCUAGUGACAUGGUGGCCCUGAUUUGAGCGAUUUCUAAAGGCAUUGUUAUACAAUUCAAGAUUUGUCGCUGCUUUUUUUAACGUCAAAAUAACUUUGGAGGCCUGAAGAGUGGCGAUGUCGGUUAAUAUGGACGAACUCAGGCACCAAGUGAUGAUAAACCAAUUUGUGUUGACUGCCGGUUGUGCUGCUGAUCAAGCGAAGCAGCUUUUGCAAGCGGCUCACUGGCAAUUCGAGACGGCUCUAAGCUCCUUUUUUCAGGAGGCCCACAUCCCUACUCACCACCAGAUGAUGUGCACGCCCCGGAACACGCCGGCCACGCCCCCCAACUUCCCCGACGCCAUCACCAUGUUCUCCAAGCUGCGUGCGUCAGACUGCCCGUCGGGCUCCGUGGCCCCUGGAGGACCCCAGGUCUCCAUGGCCUGCUCCCCCCCGGCACCCUCCUCCUCCACAGGCUUCUUCUGGGCCUCUUCCCCCCCCAGCCACCAGUCGGCCUGGCUGCCUCCCUCUUCCCCCACUGCCCACCACACACACCACCACCACUACCAGCACCACCAUCACAUGCACCAGACCCCCAUGUGGCCCCCCGUGUCCCAGGCAGUGGGGCCCCAGCAGCCCCCCGUGGUGUCGGCCUUCCACGGCCAGAGAUGAGACUCUAUACCUGGGGAAGAGGGGAGGGAGUGGCUGGAUGGAUCUGUUAGGGGGGGAGGGAGGGUUUGUGGUUGGGGAAGGAGGGGGGGGGGGGGGUGUUGGGAGAUUUUAAGAGUAAUAAAGGAGAGGGGAGGGAGGAGAGGCAAGAGACUUACGUACGAGGUACUCUCGUUUUUCUUUAGUUUUUCUUUGUUAUUUUUUCUUAUAAAAUGACUAUGAACAAAUUUAUCUCCAUUGGAGACGCUUUGUUGCCUCCCUGUCUCCUUGGCAACUGGUCACCACCAAGGAGGAAACUGGAGAGAACCACUAGGAACAAACAGGAAGUAGGAUGUGAACACACUUUGAAGUUACUGGACACGCAAAGGGUUCUGGGAAACAGUUUUUUCUCUUUUUUUUUUUUUUUCUAAUCAUCAUCACAAGCCCCGGAUCCAGCAGAGCACUUACUAAAAGAUAGGAGCCAUGUGAUAUGAUAAAGUGCUUGGUCAUUGGCAGUUUUUUCACAAACUCUCUUCUCCCAUUGGGUCAAACAACACCUCGAAUAACCAUGUGACAGGAACUCACUGGAAUAACCAGCAGGCAUGGACAUUCAGACUGCCACACAAAACUACCAUUAUUACAUUCAUGUGCUCUCACCUGACCUUGCCAAACAAAGUUAUUUCAACUUUUCUCUUUAUAUCAUGCAGUGGUGUGGAAAGAGUGAGUGUGUGUGUGAUUACUGUUGCCUUUGGGAGAAACUUCAUUCCUGGUCAUGUGUCUUGUGUGUCUGAACGCAGAGUGAAACAACCCUCACUGGCUACAGUGCAUGCUUCUGUGUUGGAGGUGUGUGUGUGUGUGUUUGUGUGUGUGUGAGGACCCUAUGGCAGUAAAAAAAAAAUAGAAGCACCCUGAAGUUUCCUUCAGGAUUUUUUCUUUCUGUUUGGGUGUUCCCCCCCCCCCCCCCCCCCCGUUUCGGAGGAGAGUAGGGGGGGUAGUGGGAGGGGCUCACUGGUCUGUCUCAGUUUUGUUAGGUGAACAUGGGGCUGGUUUUUCAGUGAAAGAUUAUGGCAACAUCUUGACUCGGUUGUAAAUAAAGGCGCGGCCAAAAUAAGAUUGCAAAAGGAGUAUCACAAGUCAUGCUGUCGAACCGCACGCAGACACACGCACACAUUUUAUCAGGAAAUGUUUUCCCAAACUGGUGAAAGGAGGGAGUGUUGUUUGUUAGUCUCAGGCAUGACUGGACAGGACAACCUAGUACAUUUCCACACAACCUGUAGCAGCUAAAUGACUGCUCCUACCUCUACUCUGAUUGGUGGGGGAGAGGAGAGGGCCCAGGCGUUAACUGUUCUGAUUGGUCAGGAUAGAAAAGGCCUUAUACCAGCAAAACCUCCCAGUUGCCCAACAGUGAACUCCUUCACGUUUUUAAACCAGGUGACUCAGAUCGAUGAUCUGAUAAACUUAGAAAACAGGUUUUAUAAGAAGCUGUUCUGUUGACCUUUCCUUACUGCCGAAUUCAGUAGAAUAUCUGGAACAGAGAAGUGGCUCCUCUCUGAUAAGCUUCGCUGGGUAGUGAAGCCUAACUAGGAAGUGUGUGUGUGUGUGAGAGAGGAAGAAAGAGAAAAGCGAGGGAUGAGGGAGAGAGACUAGAUGUUGACACAACAGUCAUCUGUCAUGGCACAGGAAGGAGAGCAGGGAGUGGAGGGGGAAGGAGAGAGAGGGGGGGGGGGGCAUGAAAUGUUGAUAGCCUGCAGAAGACACCAGGAGACUAGUAUAUUAGGAUGGUGUCAUUCUGCUUUGACACCUAACAAGAUAGUUUUAACAUGAUUGCCAGUUAUAACACUGUUAUUACUAUUUAUAACGUAGUUAUUACUAGUAAUAAUAGUCAUGUUGGCCAGGUCUUCUGCUUGAGUAAUAAAACUUGUGUUAAAGAGGAUAAGUUGAGCAUAACAUCAAACUGGAGCACAGGUCCUCUAGCCUGUUCCUUCUGGUGAACCCUAGUGAAAGCCUGAGUGAUCUUGGAGACGAGGGGUGAAGAAGGAGGUGGGGGUUGGGGAGGAGGAGGUGCGUGGUAUGUGUGUGUGGGGGAGGGAUUUUCAGUUUAUCUAACAAUGGUGUCGUUAUGACUGUUUCCUGGUGAGGGGAUCACAGGGUUUAAUCUGCUCUGCUAUGGCAACACAACCCAGGAGGGUAAUUAUGGUCUGGUCUCCCAUGGCGGUGUGACCUGGGAUGGCGUGUUGACGGCAGCAUGGUUUGAUUCAGGAUCAGAUCUGUGUUCGUGCGCUCGUAGCGGUCUGGGUGUGGAAGACACCGAACUGAUCUAAGGUCAGAGUUGGUCGUCUGAGACUCUUUGUGAAGGCAGGCCUUCAUCUUAAUGCCUUUGGAAUCUGCUUCAUGUUUUACUAUAGGCUCUCCUUAGAGAGAGCGUCAUUAAGAUGUUUUCUCUUACAACUGGGUAUCUUUAAAAACCCAUGUUUGGUUACAGCAAUAUUCCAUGAAAGACGAGCAGAAGGAUACUGUGUUUUAGAUGAAACAGUCGAAAGGGACCAUAUAACCCUGGCAUCCCUGUGAGGGCUUGUCGACAAGUCCUUUUUAUCCGCUCUGCAGUCACAUGGGCUGGGUGUUUGGCAAAGAGUUUCAGAAACACUGAUGAAGACCUGGACCGUGGAGUCAAACCCCUUUUCUGUGAUCCGUGCGUUUUCUAAAGACCCCUGUCGUGUCGUUUCCCUGUGUUCAAAAUGUGCAUUUAUAUGAUGACUAAUAAUAAACCAGGUAUGUAACAACUUGC